GUGAAAAUGAUUUGGCCCAAGGUGGAUGCUUCGUUUAAGCGUAAUUGCCACAGAACCCUCGAGUCCGAGAGUUGGAGGGAGCAGAAUAGGGGUGAGACAAAGACGGAAGAAGACGGAUGGUGGUGAAGGCCGUGCUGUUCGAUUUGGACGACACCCUCGUGUCCACCGAUGCCACCAAUCAAGCUGCUUGCUCAAGGGCGGUGGAGCUCCUCCAUUCCCGCUACGCAGCUGUCCGUGGUCAAGACGUCGCAGACAGCUUUUGGAAGGCCUUCAUCCCGCAGCCCUGGGAUCCCCACAAUCAGAUUGAUGUCACAGAGUGGCGUGCACAGUUAUGGCACAAAGCUCUACAGGAGCAAGGCAUUGAUGACAUUGCACUUGCUAGAGAAGUACAAAACUGUUUUGACAUGACAAGAAUGGCUUCUUUCAAAUGGUUGCCAGGUGUUGAGCAGAUGGUCAGGGAAUUACAAGACCAAGGAAUUAAAACAUGCAUCAUUACAAAUGGCCACCCAAAGGUUCAACGGGAUAAGCUGGGAGCAGCUGAAGCCUCAAAACUAUUUGAUGUUAUUCUUGUUGGUGGAGAGGAAGCAAAUGAGAAGCCGCAUCCGAGCAUUUUCAUAAAAGCAUGUGAACUUGUUGGUAGCAGACCAGAGGAGUCUGUCAUGGUGGGGGAUAACCUGAAGACUGAUGUUCAGGGAGCAAGGAAUGCUAAUCUCUUGGCUGCUGUAUGGGUCAACGUUCAUGGGAUUGUUGAUAUACCGGAGGAUGUUACUGCAAGGCCUAGUUAUACCAUUAGUAAUGUCAUAGAGCUUCCACAAGUUCUUUCCUUGAUCCAGUGAUUGCUGUGUAACACAAUGUCUAUGUAGCGACAAGCAUUGCUCGCUGAUACUGUUCUUUACAAAUGCAUGAACUUAUGCAUUUGUUUUGUUUCAUUUUUUGUUGUUUUCUUUGUUUCACCUUUCGAAAUUCAAUGACACUGUUAUUUAUAGAUUGGAAUUGGACAUUGGUCACAUUUAACCUAAUUGCUUUCAUUUUUUGUGUAAUUCAAUUCCAGUCUUAUUUAAA